AUGAUAGGGAGGACGGGACAUUUCCUAGCCAAACGACUCCAAAUCCGAAAGGAUUCAACCAGGGUAAUAGGUCCAGGUAGUUCUAACCACAACGAACAUGUCAAAGAAGUUAUCACCCUUAGGAGUGGUAAAACAUUAGAGAACUCGGUAGAACUACCUAAGGAUAGUAGUCGAGCUGCAAAAGAGACUGAGGUUGACCAAACUUUUCCUAAAGACCCUAUUGAGCCUGAGAGUGCUAAGAGUCCAAGUGAGGAAGCUACCCCUGAGCGAGUGUACAUGCCACCUGCACCAUUUCCUCAGAGACUCGCUAAGAAAAAUCCUAGUACAUAUGUUGAAAUCCUAGACAUCUUUAAGCAAGUUAAGAUAAACCUGCCCUUGUUAAAUGCAAUAAAACAUGUACCGACUAUGGCCAAGUUCUUAAAAGAUAUGUGUAUUGUCAAGAGAGACGCGAGUGUCCAUAAGAAGGCCUUCUUGACCCAACAAGUGAGUUCCAUAAUCUCACAAAAGUACCCAGUCAAAUUUAAAGAUCCUGGUUGUCCUACUGUCACAUGUGUCAAAGGUAAAAAAACGAUAGACAAUGCUCUAUUAGAUCUUGGGGCUAGUGUGAAGCUUUUACCUUUCUUGGUAUAUGAAAAACUUGGACUAGGGGAGAUGAAACCAAUUAGGAUAACACUACAGUUAGCCGGUAGGUCAGUCAAAAUCCCACGUGGAAUUAUUGAAGACGUUUUGGUUCAGGUAGAAAACUUUAUCUAUCCAGUUGACUUUGUGAAUUCAGACACUCAACCUGUCUCUAGUCAAGAUUUAAAUAUCCCAAUAAUCCUAGGUCUUCCGUUUCUAGCCACUGCAAAUGCAGUCAUACAUUGUCAAACUGGCCUAGUAGAAUUUUCAUUUGGGAAUCAGAAAAUCUCGGUGAACAUUUUUAAGGCGUUACAAGCCCCACCGGAUCCCGGAAACUAUGAGUCUAUGUGCAUGAUUGGUUCUCUAGUUGAGAAUACCUUUACCACCAAUAGUGUUAGCGAUCCUUUAGAGGCGUGCUUGGCCCACUUUGGAGCCUACUAUGAUGAGGAUAGUCAUUUUGAAGAAGUUAAUGCAUUGUUAUAUUGUGCGCCGGUAAUGAAUUAUGAUAAAUGGAAGCGUAAACCAGAACCUCUUCCGCCGACCAUAGAUAAACCCCUCCCAUCAUCAGUUAAGGCCCCCACCCUUGAAUUAAAGCCGCUAGCAGAUACACUGAAAUAUGUAUUUCUUGGUAGUGAAAAUACUAUUCUUUCCAUAAUUGCCUCUGACUUAGAGCCCGAUCAAGAAAGUAUACUAGUUAGUGUUCUCCGAGAGCACUAG